ACGCUCCUUUUCUCUUGUGCGUUCAUCAAAACAACCCCAUAAUGUCCGACCCAGAUCUUGAUUUCACAACUGGCGAUGCUGGGGCUUCUGUCACCUAUCCCCAGCAGUGCAGUGCUCUGCGUAAGAACGGCUUUGUGGUGCUAAAGGGACGCCCUUGCAAGAUUGUUGAGAUGUCCACCUCCAAAACUGGCAAGCAUGGUCACGCAAAGGUUCACAUGGUUGGUAUUGAUAUUUUCAACGGUAAGAAAUAUGAAGAUAUUUGCCCCUCCACCCACAACAUGGACGUGCCCAACAUCAAGAGAAAUGACUUCCAGCUGCUCUCUAUCACAGACGGCUUCCUGUCCCUGCUGAUGGACAACGGUGAGGUGCGUGAGGACCUCCGUUUGCCUGAUGGUGAUCUGGGAAAGGAAAUUGAAACCAAAUGCGAGAAUGGUGAAGAGAUUAUGGUCAGUGUGCUGGCAGCCAUGGGCGAGGAGGCUGCAGUGGCCAUCAAGGCCAUGAACAGCAAAUAGGAAGAGGGACUGGGCUGCUCGGGCUGCAACAUGAUCCACUAUAACAUUGGUUUUAUUCUAAUUGUCACCAAAGCUAUGGCCUUCACCAACAACCUCAAACCAUUUUGUCGUGAUUAAUUCAUUUUUUUUCUUCUCCUUCCAAUACUGUGCUGGACUUUUUAACAACUUUUCACGUGGAUUGGUUGGCAUUCUGCCAAAUCACUGAGGUUUCAUUUUUAUUAUUUUAUUCUAGUUUUUAUUUCACAUUUUCUUUGGUCAUUCCUUUGUUUUGCCUUUGAGAUGUUGUUCUUGCCACUUACAUUCCUGAAUGUUCAGAAAAUAAUGGGAUCCAGUUUUUGUAUGAUUAUUUUUUUUAUAUUACUUAGAAUGAAGAGCAGAAUCUAUGCCUUUUGGGGGGGGGAUAUGAAUUUGAGUUGGAGAGGAGGAGUUAUGGUGACCGCCCAAAUUUCAUAUUCCCAUCUCUGGGUGCCAUACCGUUUCCUAGCAUGGUCUUUGGCGUGUAGGCGCUGAGGUCAUUUGCCCUAGAUCAAUGCCUUUCCUAAAGUGACAUGCUGGGAUGGUGGAAGUUAGCACUUAAGAACAGGCUUUGAAUACCACCUAGAAACAUUUCAGAUUACUAAAGAAUAAACACAAAGAAAAAAGGAAACUUCAGUGAUUUAUCUUCUAAAUGCCAGUCUGUGUUGUAUAGAAGUUGAAGGGAUGUGAUGGCCAUGCGCGAAUACCUCUGUACCACAAUAGCCGCCAACUUGUUUGGCUGUCAUUGGCAACCUACAAUAAAGUGUUGAAGCCUGUAUCUGUCUCCUAUAAUAGGUAGGCUUCUCAACGUUGUGUAAACAACUCUUUUUCAGUAAGGUUCUUUCAGGGGACUCUGCUCUAAGGGGUGGUGUGGUUUAAGUUGGAAAUUUAUUUUGUUCACUCGAGGCCUUUGUUACCUGACUGGAGAUGGCAAAAAAUAAAGAAACUAGAAAUAACUCAA